AUGGCAUCAUCAUUUUUGUUCAGUUUUAUUGGGUCAAUAUUAGGAACCAGUUCCAGUAAAAAAGAGGAAAAUAAUAUUGAUAUCAAUAAUAACAGAUAUUUUACUGUUAUUAAUCACACAGAUAAAUGUUGCAGUAUCUGUGUAGCUUUUAAGGAAGAACAAUUUUUUCAAACAUUCAAAUCCUUACUCUUUGAUCAUUAUGUGAAGGAAACUUUUGAAGAUAAAGGAACUAAUGGAUAUAUGUUAUCCAGCAUCCUUGAUGAUAAAAAACUCAAACUUUUUCUUCAUGAGUCUACAUCUGUGCUACAUAUCCAAGUUUGGGCAUGUUUUUCAUGGUUCAAGGACAAAUUUCCAUCAUUUUUUGACCUUACAGACAAGGGUACCAGCCAACUUGUCAAACUUUACAAUGAACAUGUGACAAUCAUUAAACAAAGUGAACACAGUGAGCACCGAAAUGCAUGUUUUAACUGUGGAGUUACAGGACAUAAUGUUUCAUCUUGUAGAAAUGUUGGCCAUGUUUAUUGUCACAAUGGUGGACAAGCGGGACAUAAAUCUGCUUACUGCAGAUAUCAAAAUCAGAAGAGAAUUAGUAGCACAAUUCCUUCUACCUUGAAUUCACCUGCUGUCUCUGUCUCUUCAUCUCAUACUCUGUUCAGUUUAUCCUCAGAUGCCCUUUAUCAAACACCACCUGCUGGUUUACAGUCAUCUGCUUAUUUAAAAUUGGGUGGUGAAUGUAAACCGAGCCAAAAUCACUGUGAUUGUGAGAGAGAUGGCCUGAACAGGGUGGGAGAUGUCUGUCUUUCAGGUGAAAAUGAUAAUUCUACCAGACCUUCCUCAUCAGACUCUCACAUCUCAUCAAGUUUGUCCCUGAAUGACUUUUCUGAUGUAAUAACACCACCUGAUCUAGAUACAUCAGCUAUAACCCAACCUUUUAAAUUAGGUGAAGGUAAAUCGGAUUACAUCAUUGGUCAUUUAAAUGUCAAUCGUUUGAUUACCAAAACGGAAGACAAACUUGAUGAAAUGCGUAAAGUUUUAUUUCAACCAGAAAAUGAUAUAAGUAUUAUGGGUUUUACUGAAACUUUUUUACAUGAACUUAUAAAAGAUGAUCUGUAUGUUGAAAAUUAUGCUACUGAAAGAAAGGAUCGUUGUGGUCAAGAGGGUGUGGGGGUUUUACUUUACAUCAAAGAUUCAAUUAAGUAUGAACGGAUCCUUGAAUUUGAAACAAAUGAAAUUGAAUGUAUAUGGCUUAAGGUUUUUCCUGAAUUUUCCAAAUCUUUUAUUUUAUCCUUAACGUAUAGACCACCUCAUUCUUAUGUCGAGUGGUAUGAGAAAUAUGAACAAACUUUGUAUAAUAUUUCAUCAAAAUAUGCAUCCGCAACUUUUUACAUAAUAGGUGAUUUUAAUAUUGAUUUUAACUCUCCUGUGCCGAAACAUUGGCAGACCAUUAUUUCAUCUUUUUCUUUAUCACAAUUGGUUAUAGAACCAACCAUACAUGUGUACAGGUCAGGAAAAAAAAUCUGGAGAUUUGCCUUGAAAAAUCUGGAGAUUCGGUGA